AUGGAACCUCCACCACUCAAAAAAGGCAAAACCCUUUUCUCAUUCUACCAAUCAAAACAGAAUUCUAAUAGUACAACAUCCAAUGUUGUUGAAACCUCAUUUUCUGAUGUGCAAUCGCCGCCUUCCAUGCCUCAAGCAAAUAAACCAAGUGAAUUUGAUUCAACUGUUAUUGAACGGGAUCCUGGUUUACGCUUGCAAAUUUGUGAAUAUCCAGUUAAUCAACGAGAUGAGGUUAGACGAGCUCAUAUGAACUUGGGGCCUUAUCAACCUAAACUUGAGUAUCUUCGGUCCUCAUUUGGAAAGCAGAAUCGUCGAUUCCAACAUAUUUGGUUUAAACAAUUUUCUUGCCUAGAGUAUUCUCCUUCAAAGGAUAAAGGAUAUUGUUUUUCAUACUUUUUGUUUGAUCAACCAAAUAAGUCGAUCAGUCGUUCUGCACUUGUUGAUGAGGGGUUUAACAAUUGGAAGAGAGUAAAUGAUGGAUCCAAAUGUGUUUUUUUGCUUCAUGUUGGACUUGCAUCUUCUUCACAUAGUUGUUGUGUUAUUAGUCAUGACAAUUUAAAGAAAUCUUCCUAA